AUGAGCGCACAAUUUCCAAAUAUCUCUUCGAAUGAUGUGAAUACGGUCAAACUUCCGCCAAUUUCCUUUUUGGCCGGGAGUAUGAAGAACAACACAAACAGUGAGCAAAGGGAUGGGGGUAUGGGAACAGGUCAAAGCACAUUUCCAGCCUCGUUUUCAGGUUUUCGAUCGGGCAAUCAGCUUCGGCUUCCAUCAAUCUCAUCAUUAGCAUCAGGAUUUCAACAAUCUACGACAAAUUCAGAGAGCAUGAUGACGAUGCAGUCUGCUGUACCAGCAGGCACUGAGCAAAAAGGGCGAAAUCGCCAACCUCAAUUUUCCUCAUUUCCAUACUCUGCCCGUCAACCUGGUUACUUUCCUCAGCCUAACACCACAAAUGCCUAUCAAACGAGCAAUACCAUGCUGUAUGAUGCGCACCAGACCGGGUCAAGUGUUGUAGGAUCUGGAUCUGUGAAGAGCGAGCAACUAGAAAAGCAACCUCCGCAAAAGCAGCAACCACAGCAAAAGCAGCAAACACAACAACAACAACAACAACAACAGCAACAUUUAAAACAACAGGCAGAGCCAAGUAUCCAAAAAAUACCUCAUAGUGAUAAUAGCACAAAAACACACAACACACACCACAAUCAUGAGCAGAAAGCUGCAAAACUCGAGCAGCAGGCCCCGGGAUCGAACGUGCAGCAUCACCACCAGUCACACCACCAUUACCGCCACAAAAGCGAGGACCUAGGCGAGAGAAUUAAAGAGGCUCAAUCACUGUUGAAAGAUGGAGGCCACAUUCACAUUGUUCACGAGCCUCAUGGAGAUCAUCACCACCACAAAGUUUAUGUGCACAACCCGGGAUCUGCAGAACACGCACUGGCCUCGAGUUCAACCAAGGAGUCGCACAAAUCAGGCAAAGAAAAUGGGGCUAGCAGUACAGUGCAAAGACCAGCCAUAGCAAAUGAGAGCAACUCAACGGUGCAGAACGAUUCGACAAUUGCCGAAAACUCAACCACGAUGAACCAGACCACGAUUCUCGACCAAUCAAUGUUGCUGGCAUCGCAGCCUUUCCACAAACGGAAAGUCACAGUCAGCUCACGCGAUAUUCUCAACAUUGCCGCCGGCUACCCACGGAAGAGAAUCGGAUCCGUUAUCUAUACCGACUAUCCAACGUACCCAUCAUUGAUAAGGCACUGGACAAACCUAUCCGAGCAGGACACAGAAAAAUUAGCACUUGAUAAAGCACGGUCGGAGGAAGUGGAAAAACAGAGGAAGGAGUACGGAAUCCUUGUGAAUAAGCGUGUGGAGCUUCUCCCCAGCCUAAUCAGCCAUUACACGAACUGCACUAUAGAUGUUUAUGUCCCGUACCACGAGAUGUUCGACAACUCCAACGUUUACGACAAGAGGAUAUGGGGCACGGAUGUGUACACGGACGACUCGGACAUAGUGGCAAUUUUGUACCACUGCGGGAUUCUCCAUUCCCAGGACCCGACCCGGCGGAAGGUCCGCAAAAUCUCGAAAAGGCAGGAAAAGGAGCAGACCCGGGAUUUGGAUGCAAAUGCCACAUCGAUGAAUUACCAGUUUACGAGCUAUUCCGGGCCAAUCACGCCUGGAAACAGCGAAAAUUUGCACAACAUUACAGGAAGUGCAGUCUCUGAAGAGGCCGCGGCCGAUUUAAUAGUAACAUUGGUGAUUCUCCCAACUUUGAAAGAGUAUAAGGGCUGCUACAGAAACAACUAUUAUUCUCGAAGCUGGAAAAACCACGAUGGUUGCUCGAUAGCGGUGUACGGAGUUCGGUGGUGCAAACUUGGCGAGGGCAUUAACUUUAGCGGUGUGUCUCGUUACGGAGCUUUCAGGAAGAAGAUGCUCAACGAAAGACUGGAAAUUACUCAGAAAGUCAGAGAUCAAAAAGAUCCAGAGCAAAGACUAGAUGCUAAUAGUGGGAAUAGCCAGGAAAGAGAGAAAGCCGGUCAGUGGACGGGCGGAAGGAAGUUCUCUCACAUAUAA